CAUGGUCCCACUGCACAGAAUGUAUAUUGACGGACGGACACUCCCUUAAGCGGACAAGAAAAUGUUUUUAUUCUGCAUAGUUUUAGUAAUUUUAAGCAAUAAAAUAGCUUAAUUUUAACUAUUGUCCCUGUUCAUCGAUAAAAAUGCCACCACGACGCACCAGGAAACCUAGAACAUUGCUAACAUUGCAGGAGAAAUUAAAUGUAAUACGGACUCAGGAACAAAACAAACUAACGGUUCGGGAUUUGGCGAAAAGAUUCAAUAUUGGCAAAACGCAAGCAGCUGAAAUUUUAAGACACAAGCAGGCGAUCAGAAAUGGAUUGUUGAGCGGAGAUCUGAAAAUGAGCCAGAUGCGAAAGAAUUCUCUUUCUGUGCAGGGGGCUAAUAUAGACGAGCUGUGCUUUCAAUGGUUUUCUCGAGCCAGAAGCGAAAAUAUACCCAUUUCAGGUGAAAUGGUCCGGGAAAAGGCGAAGGAAAAAGCAGACGAAGAGGGCUAUACUAAGUUUUCCGCCUCCCCUGGAUGGCUGGAGAAAUGGCGGAAGCGUCACAACAUCGCCUAUAAUGCUACCGGUGAUAGCCUAGAUAUACAAGAGUUCGAAGCCAUUCUCGUCAAGAGCGAACCCAUCACGAAUAGAGAAGAUGACGAAGAAGGAGAGCCAUCUCCAGUGAAUUUGAUAGGACCUAUCCGUUCCAUCGACGAAGCUAUGGUGCAGCUUGGCCGACUGAAGGAAUUUGCUAGGAAUGACUAUGUGUCCUACCAGCAGUUGGUCAGCUUGGAGAAUCAGUGGAGAUGGAAGUGCAGUAAUUUUAAAAAAGAAGUUCCUUGACUUAGAAGAUCAGAUUGAAUUUACUACUAAGUGAAUUUGUCAAAUUUAGUGUUAGAUGUAUUUGAAUAUAUGUUUAAUAUUUAGAUAACAUUGCUUAAUUGUAUAAAUAUUACUACCGUUUCUUUCUCAUUGAACUCAAGUACACAAUAUUCCAUUUGUUUUUAAUCUAUUAAGGACAUUUAUUGCUCGCAAAUAUAUAUAAAAUACGUUACCCAUAAGUGAGUUCUUUUGCAUAAAAAAAAAUAUAUAUAUAUAUAAUAAUGAAUGA